CUGGAGGGCCCUCUGCUCCGGGGGCAGCUGUCCGAGCCCUGUGCUGCGGGCCGGCCACCUGCCGGCUUCCCGGGGCCCGGCGAGCAGAGGGCUGAGUGCGCUGUGAUCCUGUGGGGUCAGCCCCACGUCCCGGCACCGUUGUGAGAUCAGCCUGGGGCCUCGCGUGGAGCCAGGAGCUGCAGUCCAGGGCUGGACAGCCGGGAGCCACACGGGAUGUCAGGACCGAGGCCGGUGGUCCUGAGUGGACCAUCAGGGGCCGGGAAGAGCACCCUGCUGAAGAGACUCUUGCAGGAGCAUGGCAGCGUCUUCGGCUUCAGCGUGUCCCACACCACGAGGGACCCGCGGCCUGGAGAAGAGAAUGGCAAAGAUUACUACUUCGUGACCAGGGAGGUGAUGCAGAGGGACAUCGCCGCGGGCGACUUCAUCGAGCACGCCGAGUUCUCGGGGAACCUGUAUGGGACUAGCAAAGCCGCUGUGCGGGCCGUGCAGGCCAUGAACCGCAUCUGCGUGCUGGACGUGGACCUGCAGGGUGUGCGGAACAUCAAGAAGACGGACCUGCGGCCCAUCUACAUCUUUGUGCAGCCGCCCUCGCUGGACGUGCUGGAGCAGCGGCUGAGGCAGCGGAACACGGAGACAGAGGAGAGCCUGGCCAAGCGGCUGGCGGCCGCUCGGGCUGACCUGGAGAGCAGCAAGGAGCAGGGCCUGUUUGACCUGGUCAUCGUCAACGACAAUCUGGACGUGGCCUAUCGGGCCCUGGAGGAGGCUCUGGCCGAGGAAAUCAAGAAGGCUCAGCGGACCAGCCGCUCCUGAGCAGGACCACCAGCUGCGUGCUCCCUGGUGGGGCCUGCGCUUGCCUCGGCUAGUGCCCAGACUGCCGCGGCCAGAGGACCCUGGCCUCCGUUUACUCCUCUGUCGUGGGAGCUGCGCCAGGGUGCAAUAAAGAACUGCUGGGCAGCAGUGUCCGUGAG